CCACGGUUCUAGCAACACCAGCGAUUAGAAGGAACCCUCACAGCAUUCUGUGACAGUGUACGCAGCGCGCUCAAAUUGUACCUCGAAAGGUGUUACUUCCCCCCGAAAUCACAUCAUGCACUACGAAGACGUGAUGGACAAACGUCCUCGAGCGUACGCACCGUAUCGGACGACAUUGGACGAGCGUGACUUGGUGCGGGCCGCGGAAGAGCUGCACGAAAACGAGGACACGCGCGAAUCAUCCCUUGCGCUGAUGCGCGAGUUUAUCGCGAAACAUCCGCAAAUCGUACGCUGCCGGACGGAUCCGGUGUUUCUGUUGCGGUUUUUGCGGUACAGGAAGUUUAACGUCAACGAUGCUUGCGCAACGCUGGAAGGCGGGUUGGCGUUUCUGAUGCGCAUGCGCACACUGUACGGUGCGGAGGUGAGCAGCUUCCAUCCCAACGUGCAGCGUAUGGUGGAGCUGGAUGCGAUCGUACCGCUUGGGCAGGACCGACAGCGACGUACGGUCAUACUGGUGCGCGUGGGUGCAAUGGAUCCGAAGGAAACGACCGCACUGCUGCAGAUGAGGCUCGGUGCACUCGUCAUUAACACGUGCCUGGAGUACGAGCGGACACAGGUGCACGGGACGGUAUGGGUGGUGGACUGUUCCGGCAUGACGAUGGCGCACGUCGGGAUGUGGGGCCUGAGCGAGGUGAAGAUGAUGGCCGACUCCAUCAACGAGGUCGUGACGAUGUUCGUGAAGGAGGUGCACAUGGUGAAGGUGCCGAGGAUCACCUGGAUGCUGCUGGACUUGCUGCUGCCCUUGUUGAGUCCGAAAAUAAGGGAUCGAUUCAAGUUCCAUCGCACCGAACAAGAACUACUCAGUGCGAUCGAUCAAACGCUCCUCCCGACGACGUGCGGUGGGCAGCAAAGCUUGAAGCAAGCUACGGACAACUUUCGCAACAUGUUCGAGAAGCAAACGAAAUGGUUCAAGCUCGAGGAACAGUUCCUGAUGGAUCUUUCCAUACCGGCGCCAGGUAGCUCGAGCUCAUCAGCACGCACCGCCCAGCGGAACGAAUUCCCCGGCGAGGAGUCGAUGGUUGGAAGCUUCCGGAAGUUGACCGUCGAUUGAGCUCGACCACCGCCGGAGGGUUCGGGUGUUCGGUCUUCCAAUCCGGUUCCGUAGCAUUCCGGAGAACCAGAUGGUCGUCAUUGGUGCACGGUACGGUGAAGAAUCUACUACCAAAGAGUAAGUCAAUUAGCAGCAACAGCAGCAGCAGCACGACCCUUAGAACCGGGCCGGUGUCAUAACGUGGGCGUGCGCUCGGGACGGUCAGAGUUUACAUCUUAGAUAAUUGCGAUCGAUAUACCUGAUCGCAGUAGUGUGAAGGUGUGUUUGCGUGCCGUUGCGUGCCGUAUAAGUUGAUAAGUUGCAUUCUAGCGUUGUAUUUUUGUUGUUCUGUUCACAAGGAAGUGGCAAUUGUAACAAUUUUUAGACAAUAAGAAAUGAACGUUCACACUUCAAAUGUUGAUGCACCUUAGCGCUAGGGCUUGUUAGAUUGUAAGCAUUGCUUUCCGCAUGGUGAUUGUAAACACUUUCUUCAAUUAGCAUCGAUAACAGACAAUAAACGAUUAAUUGCAUUCCGAUAGUGAAUG